UCAAAACUCAACUAUGCUGUCUACCGGUGGCAUAUCACAGCAAUUCUCUAUUCCCGACCAUAUCGAAAUAUCUCUAUUCACUGCAUAACUUCUUCGCCAUCCUGGCGAACAUCUGCGAAUAUUGGGUAUGCAACCAGGAAGUUUGAGCAUGUUCGGUAUUGAUCACCUUAUACUAGAAGAAAGCAUCCAGGAUUUGAAAAUGAAGGCACCUUCGAUACAUGACAGUUGCUGGUUGUUAUCCGAGAGAAGAAUAUCACACUUGGUGUACAGUAUGAAAAAGGCGAGGUCGAAGGUUUUCAAUUUGAACGUCUUUGUACAAGGGCUGAGCCUCAUGCCAUGGAAGAUCAUGAAGUUGCCGAUGAGGAAAGCGCAGCAAAUAAAGGGUGGUUUUGUGCGACCGCAGAUGCCCGACACGUCAGCACGACUCAUACGUACCCACCUGAUCGUCAUUGCAGCAGGGUUUGUUUGCAGGAGCGCAAUGCAUUCGUUGGCUGUGGACAAGCUUUUGCCGAACAACUAGUCGAACUAAUACACAUGGUUUCUUCUGUGAGUGCCGCAACGAAUUAAAACGAUCGAGAUGUCAAGGAACAACGCGGUCGUUCUCUGGGGAUAGAUUUGUUUGGUACAAGCCCAUGCCAGCAUGUACUAGUCUCAACAUCAUAGGUUUCAUGACUUUGUGAGCACAGCUUUUGAUUUUAUCUUUGUCUUCGUCCUUAUAUGCAGAAAGUGCUUUUAACCUUAGGUUUUUUCUGCAUAGUUUGUUGCUAAUGAUCUUUUGAGAUUUCCUUUGAUCAUAAACAAAAUGAUUUGACGUAACCUGAUGCUGUCCUGUUCUACAAUGGACCAUGUAUUGUCUCAUACAACUUCCAGUACAUGUUGUAAAUGCAUAUGUUGUAGAUAUAGCGAAACCGAAACAAUGC